AUGCAGACGCUUCAGACUGCAUCUUCUCGUCGCGUUCUUUCUGAAUUGACUCCUUCAAGAACAAAUGUUUUACAACUCUCUUUUCUUAAGCGUAGACGAGCUUCUUCUAUUAGUCAUGGCACAGAGAUAUCCCCUCAGAAGGAAGUUCUUUCUGAAAAGCAGCUUAAACGUUUUAAAGAGUCCGAUCUUGAUUUAUCAUGUUCAGAUUCUGAAUCAAUUUCUUGUGAUUAUAUUGAUACAUUAUCACCUCAUGCUAAACACUAUGAAAAACAAGUGGAUAUGGAACCUAAUAUUUUGUUGGAAGAUGACUGUGCUAAUGUACAUACUGAUUGUGUUUUAAAAAAUGAGAAAUGUAGCGAUAAACUUGAGUUACCUGAUUCUUAUUUUUCAUAUAUUAAUAAAAGGAUGCUUCUUGAACCAUUUUUCAUAUCAAAAGAGCAAAUUAGAAAGGUAGGAGAGUUGCAAAAAGUAUAUAUAUUAAAAAAACAGUAUGCACAUAUUUUGAAACUUCGGUUGCGUCUUGCUUAUUACAAGCUACAAAUUAAUCAGCCGCAUUCAGAAUUCUCGGCGCUUCCUCUUUCUUUAAUUCCAAAACGAAUCAAAAAAAAUUCACCAAUAAAAACAUCAAAAACAAUUUUAUCAAAAACAGUUGUAUCGGAUGCGCAACUUCCUUCGCCUAUAAGUUCUCAAACGCAUGAAACUGCUUCAUUAUGUUCAUAUAGUAAUGAAUGUCUAGUUCAUAAUACAUUUGAUUAUUUUAAAUACAAUAUUGAGCUGAAGUCUCCUCCAUUGAGUGAAGAACGGUACCACAAAAAUAUUUUUUCUUCUGAAUUUACUAAGGAUGUAUCUAAAUAA